ACUUUUAUUUGUAAUAUACCUUUUUUUAAAAAAAAAAAAAAACGAAAAAAAAACCAAAAAGACAAAAAAAAAUGGUGGAAAUUAUAGACUAUAGAAUUUCUCGUAUUGUAGUGUUAUGUAAAGAUUGUGGUCAAGAUGUAGGUUUAUACCCUGCAAGACAUAAAUGUGGUAUACCAACUUCAGAAGGAUUACCUGCAAUAUCAAAAGAUUCUUCGUCUAAGAAUUCAAAAUCGAAUCUUUAUAAUAAUCCAAUGGAAGGUUAUAAUUUAUGGAAUAAAUUUGUGAAUAGCGCCACUGCCAUAUAUAAUGCUGAUGAUGAUUCUGACAAUGAGUCUGAAAAAGGUGAUUGGGAUGGAGAAACUCAUAUAUCUCGUAUUCUAAGAGAAUAUUAUGAAAGCAAAGGCGCUGACCUACCAGAUUGGUUAUACGAUUCAGAUUCAAAAUAUAAUUCGGAUUCCACCAAAAAUUCAUAUGUAUCUCAAAUAGAACGUACUUCAACUAAACCAAACAGAAAUGGAAAUAAAGAUUUUAGUCCACUUCUUAAUGUAAAUAAUAAUAGAGGUCGUCAAAAUGGAAGUCGACGAGACAUAUCACUCAUAUCACCAGCUCAAAAUCAUACUCCAGCAAAAAUGAAUAGAGGUAGAGAUAAAAGUGCUCCACCUCCAAGUUCGUUUGAUCGCAAUAAUAUACAAAACAAUAAAUAUCACGAAAAUAUUUAUCCUCCUUUACCAAAAAAUAUUGAUUCAAGAAGAAUUACUGAUGAUCAAAUUAACCAUAAAAGCUCUAAUCAUAAUUCUUUAAGACGUCAACCACCGCCAUUUCCUGUAAUUCCAGAUGAUUACAAUACAGCAAAAAGAUUAAUUCCUUCAAAGAAAUCUUAUAAUCAAUUAAAUUUAAAUUAUAAUAAUACACUCAAUAAAGUUAGUCCAAAUCGUGAUAUUAGGGUGGGAAGUGGAUAUAAUAAUAAUAAUAAUGUACAAAAAGGGAUUGGUAGACAAGGUAUUCAAAGCACACCACUCUCAGGUUCACAUGUUCUAAAUAGAAAUCGUGUACAAGGCAAUUAUUUUUAAGAAAGAAAAUAUGUUUAUUACCCUGGUGAUAUCAUGUUUAUCACGCUCCUCUACUUCUCAUUUUACUAUAAAAAUCCUAUUUGUCACCGUUAAAUGGCACACGCCACACGGUACUUAAAUGGGCUUUGAUUAUUUAUUAUAUAUAAAUAAAAGUUUAUAUUUAUU